AAAGACACUCAUUAACCCCAAUACAUCUUACCAUAGAGAACUAGCUUUCCGCGCGUGUUUAGUAUACUUCGAGCAAUUGCAUCGCAAUGAGUUUUAAUAGUUUGACUCCGCUGCUGUGGUGUGCCUUGGUGUGUCUAUGGCGGAUAGGACCAGUUCAGGGACAGCAACGAUUGGCUGAGUUAAAAUGCAUUCAAUACAUCGAGCAGAACACCGAGGUGUCGAUUGGUGGAAGCCUAAACUUGGAUCCCGUGCUGACCGUUUACAAGCGAACAAAUUGCUCCACAUCCAUCGAUUUGAUCAUCAACGGAGAGGAGGUAAUUGUCGGAGAGUUCCCCCAUCAAGCAUUGCUAGGUAGACCGAAGGAAAACACCACCUCCAACGAGAUGGACUUCUACUGCGGCGGAUCGUUGAUCAGCGAGCUGUUCAUUCUCACGGCGGCACACUGUAAACGUCCCACGGUGGUUCGCUUGGGAGAACAUGAUCUUCGCGAACCAACUUACGACGAGGAGGACUUCGAUGUUUCAAACUACUUUAAACACCCGAAAUAUACUGUUACCCGGUCGUAUUAUGACAUUUCAUUGGUGCAAUUGGCUAGGCAGGUGGAAUUCAACCCGAUGAUACGUCCGGCUUGCCUGUGGACAAGCGAUCCGUUUAAUAUGAGCGCCGUGGUGGCAACCGGUUUUGGAGCGACUGAACAUGGUUAUAACUCACCGGUACUACUGAAGGCCGUGCUGAAUGUAAUGAACGAAACGAAGUGUGGCAACAAGUUUUUCGGCUACAGGAAAUUCACCGAAGGUAUUAAACCGGAACAGAUGUGCGUCGGAAGUAAGGAAGAUGGAAAGGAUACCUGCAAUGGCGACUCCGGUGGUCCGAUUCAGGUGGCAACGGACGUGAAUACGUGCGCUUACUAUAUCGUGGGUGUUACGUCGUUCGGAGGGGCUUGUGGCAUUGGAACGAGCGAUUCGGUCUACACGAAGGUGGCAAGCUACUUGGACUGGAUUGAGGAAACUGUUUGGCCUUAUGAGUGGUUCGAAAGACGACAACAGCAGAGUGAGGAAACCACUUUGCGAUACGAUAGUAGUCGGAUCUACUUUCCCGAUUCAUAAUUAGUUGUACCUUUUGUUGAGUGAAUGUUCUGUCGCAAAUAUUUAUAGUUUUUUUUUAUUAAUAAUA